CAACUAUCUGGAACAAACCGUUUACCGAUUUGAUGGAAACUCGAUCGUCUACCUUCCUUAGUGUUUCCUCGUUGCCUGCCGCCGUCCUACGUGUCGCUUUCGUUUUCAUUUGGAAAAACGCUCUAGAAAGAGGAUCGAUUCGUAUCGUUCAGCGAUAUGGCCGCUGCAUAAUUUUCGAUUUGCAGCAUCCGCGAUGCUGAUGCAACGCGCGCGCGCGGACGAGUUCACAAGAGACUCUCUUAACCGCUGCUGCAAUUACGUUGACGCAACACCGAGAGACAGUCGGAUUCGCUUUCUCUCAUCUUUCUAGCUCUCUUCGCAUCCUUCGACGAUCUUUGCAAUGUCCGACGUUAGAGAUCGUUGGUUCGGCACACGUUCGUAUCCGUAUCAUCGGUUACGUAACGGAUCGGAUCGGAUCGGAUCGUAACGGAUACGCUGCUCUAUCCACGUGUUUCCUUCGUAAUAUACACGUGGAAUAUCGAAUAUUAGGAAACUUGGGAGAAACGCUAUGCAACUGUUGAUGAAAUCGCACGGAUCUUUUACGUACGCCGGCUACGAAAAGAGUACUUGUACACCGUUAUAUUUAUUUCAUUCAGCGGGUCAAUUUUUCUUUAUUCGUCUACCGAUUGAUCGAGAUGAAAUCCCCCCUUUUUAAAUACGAAUAGGCGUAUCUGGCGAGAAGGUGGUCUCGAGGAAAGAAAGCGACCUUUAGCAUUCAGCGACCAGCUAUCGAUUUCGCGUACGUCCGAGAUACGAACCGUUGCAUCUUCGCUGCGGUUUCGCCGCGGUAACCGUUGAUAGAAAUGUACACCGAAAUGCUUCUGGACGCCGCGUUCAACGCGCUCAACGAAUCGGUGUUGCCCAACCGUGUAACAAGCAUAGAGGAAAAACGUAAUCCGUUAAGUAAGCGAUACAGGGAGAGAAGAAAAUGGAAUCGAGCUUAGACGAUGGACGGCGGAUAACAGUGGAUAACAGGGUCCCGGGGGGGGCGAAGGAAGAAUGCGAGGCAAGUACGGCCCGGGUACAACGUGGUACAUAAGCCGGAUGGGUUCGUCUCGUGUUCCAAGUAUUACAAGAGCGACGUCCACGUGUCGGGACUGUCAAUUCGUAAAGUCGCGCACGACGAGCAUCUUCGUCUACGUUCGCCCACCUUCGGCCACCGGGUUUUGCCCCUUCCUUCCUCGCCUUUUCCACGGGAACGUUGACUCCGAGGCGUGGCGCCGGAACUCGAGAAACAUCCUAGCCCGACGACCUCCUCGGAAAUUACGCGAGUCGUGAUCGCGUACCAUUCGCGAUCGCUCGCCCAUGCUACGAAUCUCGUUUCGAACCUCCUCUGCAUCCUCUGCUGCUCUUCGUUAACGUUCGACCAAUCUUCGAUCGAUUCAUUACUUCCAGCCGCCAUUUCGUUGCCUGCCCCGAUUCCAAUCGAUUUCUCAGAAUCGCGCGAAACAAACGAGAUAUACAAUCGAUAAGAUAAAUAACGGGAAAGAUAAACUGCUUUUUUCUGCCGUUUCGUUUGCGAUUCCGCUUAAAGGCUGGUACGUCCGUAUUUAGUCGUCGGUUAGUUUGCACGGUCGACUAACGGAAAACGAUACGCUUCGCGCGUUCUCAAUUUUAACGAGACAAGAUACAUUUUCUUCCGUAGCGAAAUUCGCUCUGUUUAGCUGUUUAUCGACGGCACGAGUAUUUUCUCUGUUCGAUUUGCCAAGCGAACGAAAGGAACGCGGACAACUUAUAGGUUUACGUAGCUGUAGCGAAAUAAAAAUCUGUAUGAAAACAGGCGUACCGUCGUGUGUACGUUGCGAGGCAGUUGCGUCUUGCGAGCAGAGCAGACAGGAAACGAAGCAGGAACUGAACUAGCGAGCACGUUAUUGAUCGGUGGCCGUCAGUGCGCCAGCGCAGCGCGAUCCUGAGGGCAAAACAGUAGCUAGCGAUCUACCCUCGUUCGCGUUUCCAGUGCAGUGUUCCAGUGCUGUUUUAUCGCCCAUUCGGCGCUUCUUGUCCGACGCUUAUCAAAGUGCCGUCGCGCGUUGCUAAUAUGUCCGGUGGUACGUAUGCAAGCGUCUUUUCUUCUCUCUUUCUUUCAUUCUUUCUUUCCUUCUUUCUUUCCUCUUUCUCUCGUCUUUCUUUCUUCUUUCGAGAGACGAGACUCUGCAAAAAAGGGACAAGGGUGAGACGAAAACGAGAAGCAGGACAAUGAAAAACGAGAAGACGAGAGACGAGCCAAAAGCGAACGACGUCUCGAGCAAAUUGUUAAUCGUCUAAUCGUCUAAUCGUUUUGUCUGAUUCAUCAAGACAGGGACUAUAUCGGAUUCGCGACGUUGCCCGAGCAAGUGCACAGAAAAUCGGUUAAAAGAGGAUUCGAGUUCACCCUGAUGGUGUUAGGAGAAAGUGGCCUCGGCAAGUCUACUCUGAUAAACAGUCUGUUCCUCGGUGAUCUUUACAAAGACCGACGAAUCCUCGAUGCCGCUGUCCUUUCUAGAACGCAUUGAAAAGACAACAACGAUAGAAAAGAAGACAAUGGACAUCGAAGAACGUGGAGUCAGGCUACGUUUAACGAUCGUCGACACACCUGGAUUUGGCGAUGCGGUAAACUGCGAAGACACUUGGAAAGCGUGCUCAGCCUAUAUCGACGAACAGUUUCGACAAUAUUUUACGGACGAGAGCGGAUUAAAUAGGAAGAACAUCCAAGACAAUCGAGUACAUUGCUGUUUAUACUUCAUACCUCCUUAUGGACACGGACUCAGACAAAUCGAUCUGGAAGUAUUGAAACGAUUGCACCGUAAGGUAAACGUGGUCCCCGUAAUUGCAAAGGCAGAUACGUUAACGACCUACGAAGUGAAAAUGUUGAAGGAUCGAAUACUCGCUGACAUCGAAGAGCACGAGAUUCAGAUAUAUCAAUUUCCGGACUGCGACAGCGACGAGGACGAGGAAUUUAAGCAACAGGACAAAGAGCUCAAAGCGUGCAUCCCGUUUGCUGUGGUCGGCAGCUCGACGGUGCUGGAAGUCGCGGGCAAGAAGGUCCGCGGUCGCCAAUAUCCCUGGGGAGUGGUAGAAGUGGAGAAUCCGAAGCACAGCGAUUUCGUGAAAUUAAGAACGAUGCUGAUAUCCACGCACAUGCAAGAUCUGAAAGACGUGACACAGGAUGUGCAUUACGAGAAUUUCCGGGCGCAAUGCAUUUCUCAAAUUUCACAGCAGGCCAUCCGGGAACGGAGGUAUUUACGCAUUAAGCUGAAAAGAGAUUCGGGCCCGCAUUUUGAGAACAGUAUAUCCGAUACCGACAGGCUACUCCUGCAGAAAGACGAAGAGAUACGAAGAAUGCAGGACAUGCUGGCGCAAAUGCAAGAGAAAUUGAAGGCUACGGGCCAGGUUGGAACUGGAAUCGGUCUCAGAGGACGAGUCGGCAGCCUUGGAAACGAUCUGGACUCUACGGACGUCGAAAAGAAACGCAACACCAAGACACGCAGCACUCGUGCCAAGUUGCUAAUGAUUCCGAAGGCAUUUCUCUUAACGAUGACGUUGGUAGGAAUUUUGAGCGAACCUCAAGGACCUGCCUAUCUUCCUCCUACAGCGACUGGAGCGCGACCAGCUCCUGCUGCUGGUCAUCCGGACGAAUGGGCCGGUGAUUCUGCGAAUUACGAAUUUUCGUACGAAGUGGAGGACGCAGUAGCUGGCUUAAACUUUGGCCACCACGAGUCACGAAAGGACAAUGAAGCAACUGGAACUUAUCACGUGCUAUUGCCAGAUGGUAGAACACAAAUCGUCGACUACGUUGCCGACGGUGGUGGCUAUCGGCCAAUGGUACGAUACGAGGGGACGGCAACUUAUCCGGCUGCGGGAUCUGCUCCAAGGACACAGGCUGCUACCGCAGGAUCCACGAGUAACGAAGGAUACAGAUACUGAACAAUUACAUACAUCAACGUUGCUUUUUCAAAGCAGGUAAACGUGGACAUUCAACGAAUGACAGAGCCAAAAUUCGGCUAACGACACGACGUUCGUUGCACCAAUAAGACAAUGCAGCUCCAAAUUUUGAUUUAUAAAAUACGUAUACUUAGAACGUGUAGGCAAGUUAUAUCUUACAAUAAAAGCUCCGAAAACUAUCUCUUCGUUCGACUACUCUCUUCCCCGCUGUACACUAUUUUUUGUGUUUUU